AUGUCUCAGAGAGGUCGUGCCAGCGCCGCUGGCAACAAGCUGAAGAUGACCCUCGGUCUGCCUGUUGGCGCCGUGAUGAACUGCUGCGACAACUCCGGUGCCCGCAACCUGUACAUCAUCGCCGUCUGCGGUAUUGGUGCCCGCCUGAACCGUCUUCCCGCUGCCGGUGUCGGUGACAUGGUCAUGGCCACCGUCAAGAAGGGAAAGCCCGAGCUCCGCAAGAAGGUCAUGCCCGCCGUUGUCGUCCGCCAGAGCAAGCCCUGGCGCCGCCCCGACGGUAUCUACCUCUACUUCGAGGACAACGCUGGUGUUCGCAAUCAUCUCAGAUUGGCUGUGAAUACCUUUGCUCGUCUUGUUGUCCUCUGCGCUGCGAUCGUCAACACCAAGGGUGAGAUGAAGGGAUCCGCCAUCACUGGUCCCGUCGGUAAGGAGGCUGCUGAGCUUUGGCCCCGUAUUGCCUCCAACUCCGGUGUCGUCAUGUAA